CCCUCUUCCUCUUCUAUUUAUGACGCAAACACCGAAGAAUAAUAAAAAAAAAUUCUCAAAAUCUAUCUAGCAAAAUCUAGGGUUCGCAGGGAUUUGUCCUACUAGAUCCGGAAGCACUUGAACCCUAAUUUUCUUCCAUUUUAGGAUUUUGGGGUUUCGAUUUAUUCUCAUUAUCUCGAAUUGGUGUCUGGUGUAUUCGAGAAUUUAGAAUUUUAGGGUUUUUCUGGUUUUGGUUGACCUGAAUUUCUUAAUUUGGCUUUUUGGCUUGUGAGAAAGUUACGGUUUUGGGGCCUUUGAUUGCAUAAGGUUCUCACUAAUCUGUGUCUGUUUAAGGGCCGUUUUUUAGUUCGAAUUGACUUUGGAGUUUAUACUAUUAAUUAACAUUUAGUCUCUGAGGAAGUUAGUUUUUUCACUUAGUUUUUUUAUUGGCUUUUAAUUGUCUCUAAAUUGGUGUUAAAGCUCGCGACUUCUAGGCUUUGUUUUUAUGUCGAAGGUAGGCGAGGAGGACGUUGAAUAUGAGAGCGAUCCCGAGGAGGAAAAGCGCCUUCUGGGAAUGAGGAGGCGUAAAGCGGCAAGCGACGAUGAGGAAGGCGAGGGAGAAGAGAAACCCAGGAUGGAUCGGAGGGCUCCCAUUCACUCUGAUGAAUCUGACGGUCAGGGUGGGGCUGCAGAAUAUGAUGAUGAUGAUGAAGAGGAAUUAGAGGGGGAAGAAGAAGAUGAGGAAGAAGAGGUUUAUGAAGAUGAAGAGGAAGAAGUUUAUGAGGAUGAGGAAGAUGACAUUGAUAGGUUUGAGGAAGGGAAAGAAAGGCAUGAGGAGAGAGGAGGGAGUACCGGUGAUGGUGUGGUGGAGAUUAACAAGAAAGAAGUGGAUGUGAGGAAGGUGGUGGAGGAAGACGGGGUAGAGGUUAAAGCAGAGGAUGAUCAUGUCCAAGGGGAGGAGGAUGAAGAGGGGAAAAAAGAGAAUGAACCAUUUGCAGUACCUACUGCUGGGGCUUUUUACAUGCAUGAUGACCGGUUUAGGGACAAUGCUGGUGGUAGACACAGGCGAACAUAUGGUGGAAGGAAGUUGUGGGAGUCCAAAGAUGAUAAGAAAUGGGGUCAUGACAAAUUUGAGGAGAUGAAUUUGCAGGAAAGGCAUUAUGAACAGGGAAGGAGAGGUUCUAAAGGUAAUUUUCGAGGUCGUGGUGCAAAAAAUCGAGUUCCAGACCGUGGAUAUGCCCGUAGGAACAAAUCUAAGGUGUUCAGCAAUGGUACCAAUCAGAACCAGGCACCAAAAGGUGUGAGAGGUAGAGGGCCUAGAAAGUAUGAACCUACGUGGAAGAGCAGUAGUCAGGCACCUCCAACAAAAAACAAACAGCCAGAAAAGCCGUUUGAGAAAAUUUCACAUGGUAGUUCUGGGAGAGUUUUCACACCAAUGUCAAAUACAGAAUCUGAUCAAGUGCCUCCUGCUAGAAAACAUUCAAGCUUGAGUUCUGCCUCUCCUCCUUUUUAUCCUUCUGGUUCUUCAAAUAAUGAGAUCACUCUGACUCAGAAAAGGGAUGUCCAACCUGGAGGUACAAGCAGGAAUCUUCGAAAUUCUGUUGUAGAUGAAAGUUUCUCUAUGCAGCAAGCUGGUGCAUUGAUGAGGGGAAAGAAUGUAGCCGAUUCUGUUGGUAUUGACAAGCUUUGCAUUGAUGAUCCUGUUACUUCAACUGCUGGCAAGCCCUUGAACACUAUACAAAUUCCACCAUCUAGAUCUUCAUUGGUCAAUAACAUGCAAUCCUCUCAUUCUAGAACUCAAGGAAGGGGUGUGGCUCUUUCAGGACAGAUGACUUAUCAUCAGCCAGCCCCUUUGCAGAACCAAGUUGGCAGAGUAUCAUCUUCAAUGCAGCCCCAUCCUGUUCAGCGAAGUCCUGCUCAGAAUCGUGCCCAACCUACAGUUCAAGCUCCUCUUCAGCAGUUGGGCCAGCGUUCUGGUAGUGGAUCUCAAGCUUCUUCGCCACCCAAAACAGCUAUGUCAAUAAGUUCUUAUGAUUCUGGAGAGGCAGAAACCACUUCAGAAUCAAGUAAAUCUAGAGGUGCAUUAGUCGGAAAGGGAAAAGGAAGUAUUCAGGGGAGCGGAAGAGGCUCUUUUCUGUAUGGUGGAGCACAGGUAAUGGGAGGCGCAGGAAAUAUGGGUGUUGGUCAUGGUGAUCAAAACUUCCCUGCAGCUCCAGCCUUCUUGCCAGUUAUGCAAUUUGGGGGCCAGCAUCCUGGUGGUAUUGGAGUUCCUGCAGUUGGCAUGGCAUUUCCUGGAUAUGUUGCUCAACCUCAACUUGGUUUAGGAAAUUCAGAAAUGACAUGGCUACCAGUUUUAGCUGGUGCUGCUGGAGCUUUAGGGGCUACUUAUUGUUCACCUUAUAUUGCUGUUGAAGAUGCUUAUCAUACUCGCCCAUCCGGACAGACAUCUUCUGCGAGUUCUUCAAGCAAGGAAAAUAAUACUAGCAAGUCCAAUGAAUGGAAACCUUCCCAAAGACCUGAGCUUAUGAAUGAGGAGUUUGGACAACGGCAAAAGCCUCGCAGAUACUCUGAGAUGGAUUUUAAGCAGCCAAGUACAAGUACUUAGAUAAGAGGGACCAUAUUUGAGUAAUAAGCAGAUUAAGGCCCUUGAUCAGGCCCUUUGUUUUCUCUAGCUUAUGUUCUGGAAUGCUCUGGGUCGCAUUAAGUUCCAGGAUAUUUUAGUUAUAUUUAACGAACACCUGCUCAUGCUGCAGUCAAUUUGAGAACAUAAUUGUGGCUUGACGGGUGGUAGUUUCUUGUUUAAAUGUGAGGUUUUCUUGUGGCUUGGGUUUUUAAUGAAGCUUGAGAAAAAUUAUAUGCGGGCUUCUCCAAAAACUAUUAUACUAAAAAAAAUUUGAAAAAGAACAAGAACUAUUGUGCAGAAGCAGUUUUCUCGGUGAAGUUGAGUGUUCCUAUUUAUCUAAGUAGAUGGUGUUUGAGUUUUCCAGUUGGACUUUGAUGACCUUAACUUUGUGGUUGAGUCUGGUUUCGAGAGUAACGUUUUUAUGUGGGAUUUUUAUUUAGACGAGGACUUGAGUACUUGCUGAGAUACUGCAGGGUAGAAAAUUUAUUUGUCCAGUGGGCAUGUAUUGUGUUGACAGAAGUUACUCAAAAGCUAUGGAAUGUGGCUAUGAUCUAUAUAUAUUCCUCCUGUUCAUGUUCUGAUUAACUAUGACAAUAAGUUUCCUGCGAGAAAUAUAUAUAUUUUUUUAGUUUUGAUUU